AAUUAACUGUACUGGUCCUACUGGACAUAGUAAUAUUCUUUCGUUGGUUUCUCGUUUCUCUUUCCUUUUUAGCCUUCCUAUUUUCUGAUUUUUCAUGGCUUUCGUGUAAAAAUUCUCCGAUUAAAAAAAAAUCGAUUAGACUUUUUACAUACACAAAAACCUUCACUUAUAAAGAAAAAAAAAAGAAAAGAGAAAAUCAUUCCCUGGUUCAGAUUGGUUCGCUUUCUCAGUUGUCGAUAGAACAUUCUAGGUUUGUUUGGAGAUUUAGAUUUAUGAGGAGAAAUUCGUGAAGUAUUUCUCAUAAUGGCGGAAGAAAGUUUGAUAGAAAGAGAAAAUGGUGGAUUAGUAGCUAUGGAUUCAUCUGAAUCAAGAUGGGUAUUUCAAAACGAUGAUGAUGAUUCCGAUGUUGAUGACGAUGAUAAUGAUGAUUUACCAGCUCGUAUGAGUUUGGUAGAUUCAGAAGAAGAUGAAAACGCUGAAACUAAAUUAAUUAGAACUGGUCCGCGAAUUGAUUCUUUUGAUGUUGAAGCUCUUGAGAUUCCCGGUGCUCAUCGAAAUGAAUAUGAGAUGCAGGACUUUACGAUGGGGAGGAAAAUCAUACUUGCUUUUCAGACUCUUGGGGUUGUUUAUGGCGAUGUUGGAACAAGUCCUUUAUAUACUUUUAGCGUGAUGUUCAACAAGUCUCCAAUUAAAGACAAGGAAGACAUUCUUGGAGCUUUAUCACUGGUUCUAUAUGUCUUAAUCUUGAUACCUCUAAUCAAGUACGUACUGGUUGUCCUUUGGGCCAAUGACGAUGGUGAAGGUGGCACAUUUGCUUUGUACUCAUUGAUCUGUAGGCAUGCUAAGGUCAGUCUUCUUCCAAACCAGCUUCCAUCUGAUACCCGCAUAUCAAGCUUCAGGUUAAAAGUGCCAUCUGCAGAACUUGAAAGGUCCUUGAAAAUUAAGGAGCACCUUGAGAGUUCAAUUACAUUGAAAAAGCUUCUACUAAUGCUGGUUCUUGCUGGUACUUCUAUGAUCAUAGCUGAUGGAGUUGUUACCCCGGCAAUGUCAGUUAUGUCGGCUGUGGGCGGCUUGAAGGUUGGAAUAGAUGCAGUGGAACAAGAUCAAGUGAUGAUGAUUUCAGUUGCCUGUCUUAUAAUUUUGUUCAGUGUACAGAAGUUCGGCACAAGCAAAGUUGGACUGGUAAUAGGUCCAGCUUUAUUCAUAUGGUUCUGUUCGCUUGGGGGAAUUGGGAUCUACAACCUUGUAAAAUAUGGUUAUACUGUUCUCAACGCAUUUAAUCCUGUACAUAUUUACUUCUACUUCGAAAGGAAUUCAACUCAGGCUUGGCUGUCCCUUGGAGGUUGUAUUUUAUGUGCAACAGGUUCAGAAGCAAUGUUUGCAGACCUUUGCUACUUCUCAGUGAGAUCAAUUCAGCUCACAUUUGUGUUUCUGGUUCUGCCUUGCCUCAUGUUGGGAUACCUUGGUCAAGCUGCCUAUCUUAUGGAAAACCCAAGCAACUAUGAUCAAGUUUUCUUUUCUUCUGUUCCCAGUGGUGUUUUCUGGCCAGUCUUCUUCAUUGCUAACAUUGCAGCACUUAUCGCCAGUCGGACAAUGACAACAGCUACCUUCUCAUGCAUAAAACAGUCGACAGCACUUGGAUGUUUUCCUCGCCUUAAAAUCGUUCACACAUCUAGGAAGUUCAUGGGUCAGAUAUAUAUUCCAGUCAUAAACUGGUUUCUCUUGGUAUUCUGUCUGGUGUUUGUCUGCACCUUUGCAAGCAAUAAUGAAAUUGGAAAUGCAUAUGGCAUUGCAGAGCUCGGGGUUAUGAUGAUGACAACAAUCUUAGUCACCAUUGUUAUGUUGCUAAUAUGGCAGAUAAACAUCAUCAUUGUGCUCAGCUUUUUGGUUUUCUUCUUAGGAUUGGAAUUAACCAUUUUUUCUUCGGUUUUAUGGAGUGUUGGAGAUGGAAGUUGGAUUAUAUUGGUUUUUGCGGUAGUUCUGUUCUUCAUCAUGUACGUCUGGAACUAUGGAAGCAAGCUUAAAUAUGAAACUGAAGUCAAGAAGAAACUUUCAACAGAGCUUAUGCGUCAACUAGGUUGCAACCUUGGCACUGUUAGAGCUCCUGGUAUCGGGUUACUUUAUAAUGAGUUGGUGAAGGGAGUACCAGCCAUUUUUGGCCAUUUCUUGACCACUCUCCCGGCAAUCCACUCUAUGAUCAUAUUUGUGUGUAUUAAGUAUGUCCCAGUUCCAGUAGUUCCCCAAGGUGAAAGAUUUCUUUUCCGCCGUGUCGGUGGAAAGAGCUAUCACAUUUUCCGGUGCAUUGCUAGGUAUGGCUACAAGGAUGUACGAAAAGAGAAUCAUCAGACAUUCGAACAACUACUCAUUGAGAGCCUUGAGAAGUUUAUUCGUCGAGAAGCCCAAGAGCGACAAUUAGAGAGUGAUGGGGAUGAAGAUACUGAAUCUGAUGAUGAAAUUAAUUCUUCAAGGCUUCUUAUAGCACCCAAUGGAAGUGUAUAUUCACUCGGGGUACCACUUCUAGCAGAUUUCACCUGCCCAGAAAAACCCAUCUUCGAAGCAAGUACCUCGGCGGAGGUAGUCCCAUUUCUUCCUGGAGAAACACUCGACCAAGAACAGAGCCUUGAAAGGGAACUUUCUUUCAUUCGAAAAGCCAAAGAAUCUGGGGUUGUUUAUCUACUAGGUCAUGGAGAUAUCAGGGCGAGGAAGGACUCUUGGUUUAUCAAAAAACUUAUCAUAAAUUACUUCUAUGCAUUUUUAAGAAAGAACUGCAGGAGGGGAAUUGCGAAUCUCAGUGUUCCUCACUCAAACCUGAUGCAAGUUGGCAUGACAUACAUGGUCUAAGAUUCUCAAUUGUGCCGCCAAAAUAAGGCGGUUUUUUCUUAUAGUUAGACAUCAAAGUUUACGAGGAAAAUGGUCUGCAAAGGCCAUGCUAUUUGGGAUGUCUUUGAUUGAAGAUAUGACAUAGAUUUGAGGGAUUUGAGUUACCACGGGAAUGCAAGGUUUGCACCAGGGGAAAAAAUGAAUGGGGGAAGAGCUGUUUGUAUUAUUUUUGCUAUAAAACGAAAUUUUGCUCUUAUUGCCCAGGUUGGCCUGACCAGGCUAUUUGUAGAUUCCCAGCACUAGUUAAUCAGAAGCUUUGUAGUGUUGUUGCAUUACUGUUCGUGUAAUUCUGGAAUACUGAUUGCAAUACUGAAAGAAUACACAUGGAAAGAACUGUAAUUACAAUAUUGAAGGUAAAACGACUGAAUCCCUAUUUGAUUAUUUAA